GGGACCCCCAUUGCAUUUGACUCGCUUUUCUGAUUGUUAAUUUUUAUCCUUCGGCCAGGUCUUCAAACUUCAAUCCUGUUUCUCUGAGAUGACCACAGAUAAAGAAAGGCCACCAGAGCCUCUUGAUUUCUUCAUUUGGACUGUUGAGGAUGUUGGCUUGUGGCUGGAAGAAAUAAAUCUUGGGAGCUAUUGCCAAAUUUUCAAAGAAAAUGGGGUCAAUGGAGAGUAUUUGGAAAGCAUGUCCAUGUUUACAACCGAACAGAUACUUAGGUUCAUUAGGAAGUGUCACAUGAAAUGGGGAGAUUUUAUAAUUUUGUGCAAGGAGCUCAGACGAAUAAAAGUGGCUUGCUUGAAAGGGGAGCAAAAGGUUCGUCAUCCAUGGUGGGCGCCACGUUGUCUUUCAGUAGUAUUCAUCAAAGCUGCAAAAUGUAACAGGCAGUCGCGAGUUGUUUCAUUGAAGUUGGAGCCUUGAUGUAGAUUUGCCCGUAUGCACUCCUAUUUUUGUGUUAAUUUCUCUCUUGGAAAACAGUAAAUAGGAAAGAACAUAUGGUUUCCUUCACAUCUUGAAUUUUGUCAAGUGUUGUUGGUUCUUCAUUGGAGAACCUCUCGUUUGUCCAAACCCUUACUUUGUAAUACUGUAGUUUGGUUCUUUUGUUUUGAAGAGACCGUAUUGUAUAUUUUAAGAAGUUAACAAUAUAGAUGAUGUAUGUACGUUCAAGAAAAUGCUGGAGAUAACUUGAAUGAAGAAUGGAUUCUGAGUUUAUGACC